AUGGCAUUCCUGGGAUUGCCACCCGAGAUACUCAAAGAGAUCUUUGAUAAACUUGACCCGCCAUUCUUUCAAGAAGAUCUCAGCCGCCUUACAGUCUGCAAGAAGUGGCUCGAGUUCGCUCUUCCUGCAUGCCUCAAACGCGUCACCCUCUCUCACGAAGCAUUACGAAUUCUAGCUGCCUCUUCGGUAGUAAAAGGGUCUUCGCCUGUUGAAGGUCACCUGGAAACAGUCGAUAUCGAUAUUAAAGGAUUUCAACAUGGCAUCUCUACACACUCUCCCCAGGAAUAUCAGCAGGGUUCGACUUCACAACCUACGGCUCCAUACAUAUAUCCUUGGGACAACCAGGUCAGGGACUGGAGAGUGGCCCUAGGUAAUGACCUUGCCCAACUUGCCAUUGUAGCCCAGCAGUCUCCUCGAUUGAGUCGAUAG